UUAGGAAACAAAAGCCCUACUUCCCACACGUGACACGUGACUUGCACCUCGCUAAGCCGGCGAACUAAAAAAAUCCACAAUACGGACUCCUUCGACGACAAUCUCACAAAUCGACAACACCCGCGCUACCGUCUUGACCGCGCCGCCUCCGUCAAGAUGAAGCUCAACAUCUCCUACCCGGCCAAUGGGUCCCAGAAAAUUAUCGAGAUCGACGAUGAGCGCAAGCUCCGUCCCUUCAUGGAGAAGCGCAUGGGCUCCGAAGUUGCCGGCGAUGCUCUCGGUGAUGAGUUCAGCGGUUACGUGUUCAAGAUUACCGGUGGUAACGACAAGCAGGGUUUCCCCAUGAAGCAGGGUGUUCUCCUCCCCACCCGUACCCGUCUCCUCCUUGCCGACGGCCACAGCUGCUACCGCCCCCGCCGCACCGGUGAGCGCAAGCGCAAGUCCGUCCGUGGUGCCAUCACCGGUCUGGACCUUGCCGUCCUUGCUCUGUCCAUCGUCAAGCAGGGCGAGGGUGAGCUCCCCGGUCUCACCGACACCGUUGUCCCCAAGCGUCUCGGCCCCAAGCGUGCCACCAAGAUCCGUCGCUUCUUCGGUCUCGACAAGAAGGACGACGUCCGCAAGUUCGUCAUCCGCCGCACCGUCACCAAGGAGGGCAAGCAGGACUACACCAAGGCCCCCAAGAUCCAGCGUCUGGUUACCCCCCAGCGUCUCCAGCGCAAGCGCCAACGCGUUGCUAUCAAGCGCCGCCGUGCUGAGACUGCCCGUGAUGCUGCUAACGACUACGCCAAGCUCCUUGCCGGCCGUGUCCACGAGGAGAAGGCCAAGCGUGAUGAGCUCCGCAAGCGGAGGGCUUCCUCCAUGCGGAAGUAAACUUCCAAACCCGCGGUUUUAUGAUUUCGUUCUGCGGCGAUGGGGUUUAAUGGAGGAGCUUCACGUCUCUGGGAUGAUUUGAGGGGAAUUCACGAAAAAAUGAAUCACUCUCAGGGGCGCGGAGGAUACAUGUGUGAUAAAAAGAAAAGGGAACAAGAAAAAGACACGGGAACAGGU